AAAACAAUGGCUUCCAAUGCCAAAUCGGGGACGUUUCUCGAACGUUACGGUUACGAUUUACUGUUGGGAUCAAUCGCUACUUUCUAUGUACUCAUGGUGCCUUACACUAAAGUCGAAGAGAGUUUCAACGUUCAGGCAAUGCACGAUAUUCUUUAUCACCGGCUUCACUUCGACAAGUAUGAUCAUCUGGAAUUCCCUGGUGUGGUUCCUCGCACUUUCAUUGGUGCUUUGCUUGUGUCCCUCGUUGCAGCUCCGUUUGUGUUAACUGCAAGUUUGCUACAUUUGCCAAAGUUUUAUGCUCUUCUCAUAGUUCGGAUGGCCCUAGGAAGCAUCACACUAUAUACGUUAAGAUUCUUUCGUCAUCAGAUAAGGAACAAAUUUGGGCAUCAAGUAGAAGCCUUCUUUGUGAUACUAACUGCCAUUCAGUUUCACUUUCUGUUCUAUUGUACUCGUCCACUUCCUAACAUUCUUGCUUUGGGUAUAGUGAAUUUGGCAUAUGGAUACUGGUUUGAGGGACGCUUUUAUGCAGCUCUAAAUUCUCUGAUUUUUGCUACAACUGUAUUCAGAUGUGACAUGCUGUUACUUCUUUGUCCCCUUGGGCUACAACUUCUUUUGACAAAAAAAGUUUCCCUUUGGGGAGCUCUGAAACGCUGCACUGCAAUGGCCUUCUUCUGUGUAGGUCUAACCAUAUUGGCUGAUUCAAUUAUGUGGAAAAGGUUAUUAUGGCCUGAAUUUGAAGUCUUUUGGUUUAACUCUGUACUAAACAAGAGUUCUGAAUGGGGAACGCAUGCUUUCCACUGGUACUUCACCUCAGCACUCCCUCGUUCACUGCUUGCUGCGUAUCCUCUUUCACUGUUUGGUCUCUUUGUAGACCAAAGGGUUCGGUCUUUCACUUUCCCAGUUCUUGCCUUCAUUUUGCUUUAUUCUAAGCUUCCCCACAAGGAGCUUCGUUUUAUCUUAAGCUCAGUUCCAAUAUUUAACUUGUCUGCUUCAAUUGCAUGUAACAGAAUUUACAACAACAAGAAAAAGAUGAUUUGGAACUUGCUUUUCCUCAUUAUGUUGGGAUUACUUCUAAUGAGUCUUGGAGGCACUAUCACAACUUUCAUGGCAUCAUACUGGAACUAUCCUAGUGGUUAUGCCUUAAAGGAAUUGCAUGGGAUUGGUUUUCAUAACGAUACAAAUGAACAGUGGGUUCACAUUGAUACAUUUUCAGCCAUGAAUGGGAUAUCUCGCUUUGGCGAAAGUGAUUUCCCAUGGAGGUAUUCUAAAGAAGAACAAAUUAGCUUGCAAGAAUUUCAGCAGAGAAAUUUUACCUUUCUUAUAAAUGAACAUCCUGCGAUCCAUGGAUUUAAGUGUCUAUUUACUGAAGAUGGGUUCUCAAAAAUCCACAUUAAAUAUGGCUUUCCUCCAAUUUUAUUGGUUAAAGAGCCCAAAGUGUACGUCCACGGAAAUUUAGAAAACAAGGAUGUUGUCAACAAAAAUUGGCCUGGCUGCCCAUAACCCUUUGUGUGAGUUUGGCAUGGGGGCGUGGAAGGAUGAAGCUAGGUCUAACAUGUAUGGCGAUGUUCUAUAAGCAUCCAAGAUUCCGAGCAACUUGUAGUGCUUGUUUUUCUCUUGUUGAUGCAUGUACUCUUCAGGGAAUUGUUUAGUUUACAAUACUAUUGAUUAACAUAACAUUUAGCAACAAUUAUCAUAAACGACCAGACCACAAGAACAGAGAGAGCUAACGGAACGUGGGGAAUUUAUUUUUGGUUAAGCAAUUAUGAAGAGAAUAUGCGGUCUUCCUUGAACAUAUGCAGUCUUCCUUGAACAUAUGCUUUUCUAUUUACAGCAAACGGGAUAGUCUUAAAUGUUAAGUCUAUAACAUGCCUGAUUGGUAUACCCAAAGUAAAUGUUAUUUAAAUUCAUGUAUAUUCUUAUUUCCUGCUAUGGAAACCAU